CUACGGACGAGGAGCUAGAAAGUGCAAUGUCCAAUACCGGUCAUUGGGCCAUAGCGAUUCACGGUGGGGCGGGAUUGAUUUCGCGUGAAACCGCCCCUCAGCCGUACGAACAAGCUCUGAAGACUGCUCUGGAUGAGGCCCAUGCUGUCUUAGAAGCGGGGCGGAAUACGGAUAACGCCCUUCCAUGGGAUGAAGUUGAAGCUGUUUUUCCACCAACUGCUGUUGCGGCAGCCUUGGCUGCAGUCGAAUCACUUGAAACAUGCCCAUUAUUCAACGCAGGUAGAGGCGCGGUGCUCAAUGACCGGGCCUUUGUUGAGAAUGAAGCAUUGGUCAUGGAUGGCGCUACGAUGAAAUCUGGGGCGACGUGUGGGCUUCGCACGAUUGUGCAUCCCGCGCGUCUGGCUGCUCUUAUUUACACGAUGGCUGAUUUCCAGUUUCUCGGGUUUCAGGCUGCCGAGCGAUUCGCGGAUAAGUUCCAAGGACUCAUAGAGAAGAGAGAGCCGGGUUGGUUUGUAACUGAUCGACGAAAGGCGACAUUGCUUAAAGCUCAAUCACGGAAGGCAGCAGAACUGGAUCAUACAGGCGAAGGAAUGCUGACAAACUCGGAAGUUCCGGAGCAAGAUGAAGUGCAGGCCAAAAAUAAUGGGGAAGGGGAGACCGUGGGAGCUACAAUCUGUGACGGUGCUGGGAACGUGGCUUGUGUGACGUCGACGGGCGGUGUAACAAACAAAUGGGAAGGGAGAAUUGGGGACACGCCAGUUGUGGGUGCUGGUUCGUACGCGUCGAACAAGUCCUGUGGUAUUAGUGGAACUGGAUGGGGUGAACAGUUCAUUCGGUUCAGCGCGGCAAGUCGAGUGUGCUUUGCCGUCGAAUACGGCGGUAUGUCUGUGAAGGACGCUAUGUACGAAGUUGUCCACAAAACAUUCCCAGAGUCUACCGGUGGUUUUGUUGCCGUUACUCCUUCUGGUGAGAUCGUCAUGGACUUCAAUACGGUUGGUAUGUAUAGGGCCGGGCGAAAUUGGCAAGGGGAGGACUUUGUCAAGAUCUGGGAUGAUUGA